AUGAGGGUGGCAGCUACUGACAAGGCAGAGGCUGAAAAGAUCCUGCAGAUCAAGCGAGCUGAAGGUGAGGCUGAAUCGAAGUAUCUUUCUGGGUUGGGUAUCGCUCGCCAGAGGCAAGCAAUUGUGGAUGGAUUAAGGGACAGUGUGAUUGGCUUCUCUGAGAAUGUGCCGGGUACAUCUGCCAAAGAUGUCAUGGACAUGGUCUUGGUGACACAGUACUUUGACACCAUGAAGGAAAUUGGUGCUGCCUCCAAAUCCUCAGCUAUCUUCAUUCCCCAUGGACCUGGUGCAGUUCGUGAUGUUGCUUCUCAGAUUCGCGAGGGUCUUCUCCAAGCCAAUAAUGCUCAUUAA